AUGUCGUGGUCACAGCUUCAUGAAGUUUAUUGGUACGAUAACCCAGAAAAGACGAUCGAUUGCGCGGUUUGCAACGCGCCGUCGUCCGGUAGACACUAUGGCGUUUUUACAUGCGAAGGCUGCAAAUGCUUUUUCAACCGAACGGUGCGGUACAAGUUGUCUUACAGCUGUGAAUCCUCUGGGAACUGCCGCAUCGAUCGCCAGAAUCGAACACAAUGUCAGCACUGCAGAUUCCAGAAGUGCGUUGGAGUUGGCAUGAGAAGAGAUGGUAUGUUUUUAACUAUACUUAGCAUUGGAAUUUACAUUACCUUACAUAAGAGAUCCUUUGUGUAUUACCCCUGUUAUCUGUGCCAUGACAUAAGUGCUACCGUUAGAUAGUAUAAAGAUUUGUCAUCUUAGGAGUAAAUGACACUGGAAAGGUGGACAUCAAUUCGGUGUUAUGACAAGCUAUAGCUUUAAAAAAUAUAAAUUUAGGUAAAACUGCGUUCGAAGUAUGCUUUGCAACUCUAUGCCAUGACUGUGCACUUUUGCCACUUUUUACUUGUGAAAAUGACCCUAACUGGGCGCGUUAAAUGUUUUUCUUUCUUUUCAUUUUUGUAAUCGUAACAAACCAUAUUGUAUCUCAGAAACAGUAGCACCUUCAGUUUUGGUGGUUGUUUUUCAUAAUUUUAUGUCAUCUUUUAAAAAAAUUCUUCUCUCUCUCUAACCAAUACAAAUUGGGCCGUUUUUUGGCUUUCUCUUCCUAGUUCGAAAUUUUUAUACUCAGAUACAGUGGUGAUCUUCCUUAAAUAUACCCUUAUUGACAAAGUUUUAAACGCGAAAUUCUAGAAAUAGGAUUUUAUCACAUGCAUGAAAAAUCUACCGUCAUUUUUUUUUUUCAACUCUCUUUUGCAUGUCAUGGCAACAAAAGGGGGGCACGCAAUUUUAUCUUAUUGCGAUAUUUUUCCCUGCAUUGCCUGAGUUGGCCAAAAUUUGGUAAAAGGGUGUUAACAAACGACAAAGCCUUUUUCCUAUUGUCAUCUUGAAGAAUGAGAAUAUGGGCAAAAAAAAAAAAAAACGGAAACGCGUUGAAGCGAUCAGGAAUUACAAGCGAGUGUCUUGCACUCUUAUACUCGCAGUACAUAGGGACCUUAAGAUCGACGACGACGACGGCGACGGCAACAAGAACGUCAAAAAAGCAAUAGGUUUGAUAAGCGAAAUAACAACUUUGCUUGUUCAGCACAUUUUUUUGUACAUUUCUCUGCCGUUUUUGCAAGACUACGACGUGAAACUGCCUAAUUCCAUGUCUUAUGGAGAACGUAGAGAAGCAACAACGAAAUUUUCUUUCUCUUUCUGAACUUGGAUGAGGUUCUUAGGAAUUCAACUCCAGGAGAUUUCGCAUACGUUUGACAAGAUAAGCUAGUUGGAAUAACCACGAUGAAGAUUGAGAAUCCGCGAACUCACUUUUUAAGCGACAGUUUCCCUGCCGUUGCCGUCCUCGCAUCUUACAGCUAUAGGCCGUCCCUAAUAUUUUAGCUCAGUAUUUCUUUUCACUAUUCAUGGCUUCAUUUAUUUUUUAUGCUCAAUAUUCUUAUUUAUUUCAGCCAUCAGAAGAGGGAGACCCACAAAAUACUCCUACCUAUCGAGGUCGUCCAAGUCGUUCACCUCGCAAUAUGACUUGAUAACACUGCUGACGCAGCUGGAACGAAGCACCAGAGCUGCAAUAACUGCUGCUCCUAACUCCCCUAGCAUGAAGUCCAGUCCAAGUCACAAGGUGUGGACACUCUUCACUGCGGCCUUAAAAUGGGUUCAGCACGUGCCGAUGUUUGCUAAUCUUGAUAUCUGCGAACAAUACAGCAUGUUACGCUGUUGUUGGAGCGACCUGUUCAUUUUAAUCGCGGCCCAGUAUGAUUUGCAAAUCGAUUCCGUAGCGUUAGCCUACGAGAUUGACACUUGCACGGGAAUGUGUACCGAACGCAAACUACGACUCAAGCAGACGCUGGCCAAUUUCCAUGAAUGUCUGCUGCGCCUGCGUGGUUUGGAGGAAGCUGAGUACGCAUGUCUUAGAGUCAUGGUGUUGUUUUCUUCAGGUGAGGAGUGUAAGCCAAAUCAACCUGAAACGAAAGUUUCUGAAAUUUAUAUUCUGGGCUUUUUCCUUCCCUUUUCUUGUCUUCUCUCUUUUCUGUUUGAGCUACGACCUCGGACAAAUAUAAUAUAUACUUAUGGCCCUCAGAAAUUUUGGAUCAUUAUACGUCUACCCCUCCCCUAAGCCAACAUUAACACUUACUUCUCUCUUAGGGCAAAAUGUUGGUUUAGGGGAGGGGUAGGUGGGCAGUUUCCCAGAAACGAGUCAAAAUUUUAACGUAUCUAUACGUACCUGCUUCGAGUUCCAUAAUCCCUCGCUUUUGACACGAUGCCAAAUCACUGUGUUUCACUAAAACCCUCCGCAAAAAUUAGGAAAGAUGUGAUCUGAGUAGAGUUGAAGAAUGGACGCCAUACUAACUCUACGUGGUUCUUUUUGUCCAUAGACAGCGUAGAAGCCGGCUGCUUGCCAGAUGCAGAAACAAGCCAGGAAGUCGUUUUAUCCGCUAUGGAACGUUACUGCAAAACCCGUUUUCCAGACGAAACGUUUCGCUUCGGCAAAAUUCUUCUCAAGUUGAUGGGACUUCGCGCGGUUAACGCAAAGGACUUGGAAUUUUUGUUCUUUUCCAAAGUGCUUCCUUACUCUUCCAUCGCCGAUGUGAUAAGAAAUCAACUUGUUAGCGAUUUGCCUUCGCCUGUUCAUCGAAUGUCUUAUGGAGAAUACAAGGAAGCUAGCCUAAAGAGCACUUGCCAGUAA